AUGAGGUGGUUUAAUGUGAUUGCAGCAUUGCCUCCUCAACGCCUGUGUGUAUCCGGGCGAGCUCCAGGGAAGUCUUCGCAGUCUCACUGGUUGACGACAGAGGAGAGGAACCAAGUUUUACUUGAUCUCAAAGCUUCAGGCUGGUCUGAGUUAGGCGAAAGAGAUGCCAUCUACAAAGAGUUCAAUUUCAAAAAUUUUAAUCAGGCUUUUGGAUUUAUGACGCGCGUUGCUCUACAAGCAGAGAAGAUGAAUCACCACCCAGAAUGGUUUAAUGUCUACAGCAAGGUUCAGAUAACCCUGAUUUCCCAUGACUGCGGUGGACUGACCAAGAGAGAUGUGAAGCUGGCUCAGUUUAUUGACAAAGCUGCUGCCUCUGUGUAACUAAGAUGUAAAACGCUUCAAUACGGCGUCCACCAAUAUUUUAUAUUUCAGUGGUACCCCCGAUUCCUUGUAACCCUGAUUUCACAAAUCCCCUGAGACAAGAUACUUUAUAAGAAGAGUGUCUUAGCUUUGUUGGCCUUUAGUCUUGAGAUCCCCCUGGGUGCCUGUGCUUGUCCUUUGCCAUUGCUGCCUCUGCAUGAGGAUGUAGCAGAUAAACCAGCAACAAAAAAAGUUUUGAACAAUUCUUUUCUAGAAACUACAACAAACUGGAAUGAAGACAAGAGACCACCUGCACGUGUCAGUGUUCCCCAAGCCCAUGGGAGUUGAGGCUGGUGGCUGCUGCCCUGGGAGCCUGCCCUGCACCCGGCAGCUUCCCUCCUUUAGAUCUGUACAUCUCAGCACUUCAAACAGCGUAAGAGCAGCCAGGCCAGGGCAGUCCCCUCUGGUUUGGCACCUCCAUCUCUGCCAGUGACCGGUGGCAAGUGCAAGGGACACUGGUGAGAGCAGUGUAAGCUGCUGCUGCUGUUUCAUUGGAGUUGCAGCUCAACAAGCAGUCACAGCUUUGCAUUUCGGUGUUUCUUCUGUGCUCGUCCAACAGCUCUUUGGACCCACCUGCCCUUUUGGCACCCACAACCUAGCGGCCAUAUCCAGCAAAAGUGUUGCUGCAUGCUGGAGAACCAUUCCCCAUCUGAGAUGCAGGUCUGGGACCUGCAGUUGCUGAAAACUGGUCCAGCAAAUACAAAAAAAAUCCCAGUGAGGUCCGCACUCACAUCAUUAAGCAAAGUAUGUGCUUAAAUGCUUGGCUAGGCCGGGUCAGUGCUCAGCAUCUUGCAGGAUUGAGCCAUUUUUUGUGUUGCAACGCUCCCGUACCUGCCAGAUCGGGGGCGGGUGGCUUGGCCGAGCGCCCGGAGCACCGGCCAGAGCUGCCGGCGGUGAAGGAAGCGGCAUUAGCAGGAUUCUUGCUAAGCUGGGCUCAGCUGAAGCUAUGCUCACCUUUUUUUUUUUUUUUUUUUUUUUUUUUUUUGUAGCUACAAUUACUCAUUGCAAACGUUGUUCCAAGAGCCACAGAUCCCGCUGACAAGGUUUAAAAUAAUUUCUUCCGUGGUUUCAAAGUCUUUGUUUUUAGCCUGUGAUCCUCACCGAGACAGAUUUCCAGUGCCGGCAGGGAGUUUUCAACCUGCUUAAGGCUUGUAGAAGGGCCUCUCGCUCUGCCGAGUGUCCCCAACGUGCACCAUCAUGCCCUGUGAGCAGCUCUGGGUGCAGAGCUCCGGGGAGAUUGACGCCUCUGAAAUGCCUGAGUGCAUUGCUCGUAUGACACCGGCGGCACAUGAGUGACUACAUGUGUGCCAAAAUCUGUAUCGGAUGUAUAUGCGAGGUGUGUGGUCUCCCAGAUAUUUGGGAUGCAAAAUGCCACUAGCUGCCAUGCAAGUAUUCAUGUCCAUAAAAUAAGAAGGGUAUUUUUUUGGUUAAUCCUUAGCAAGUGUGCUGUCAUGUGCUACUUGGUUGCAGGAAGCAAGAUAAGACGUUGGGGUUUGUUGUCGGUAGCCAUACUUGGGAUAUCAGUACCUAAAAAGACACAAAUUCAGACAACGUGCUCAAAUCUUCUUUGCUUCCAGGUGCCUUUCCCCAGCAAAGCGCCGGAUUUCCCUGAUAUGGUUUGAAAAUGGUCGCAGUUGUGAGGAACGAAUAAAACUAAAACAACCAGCCAGGCUGUGGUGGCUCCUGUUACUGGUGGGGAAGUGAAAUGAGCUUCACCCCAAGUUCUGACAGUGUCUCUAAUGAGCUGUGAUAAAUCUGUUGUUAGAAAUUGAUAGGCGAUGCGUGCAGUUUGAAAAAAAACAAUAAAAC